AUGACCACUCUGGCCGACGUCGUUCGGCACGCCCAGCAGCCGGCCAACGGCCACGGUGGCGAGCCGAACGGUCACGCCGGAUCUGGUUCGCCUGAGGAGAAACAAGGCGACGGCGCACCUCCUGUGCUGGUGCAGCAGGCUUCAGACCAGGAGAAAGAGAGAAAGAAAGGCAAACUAUCUCAUCCGCCUCAGCGCCAGUCUUCAUUACCGCACCCUACGCGCCAGUCGUCGCUGGACUCGCCUGUACCGCGUUCGCAGAGCGCGCGUAACUCGCUCUCUGGGCCGAGCCCCGGCAUGCUCACUCCGUCUGGCCCGCCGCGCUCUCUGUCGUAUUUUAACUUCCGACCGACUACACGCUUCGCUUCGCUUGAGCAUGCGCAGAGUCAUAUAUCUGAGGCAGAAAGCGAGGAUCGGCCCGAGACUUGGGACUGGACUGCGCACGAGAAGUCCGAGCGCUACCGCGACGCCAUCAACUACAACGACCCCGAACAGCGCGAACGCGAGCGCGAGGCAGCCAUCGAGCGCCGAAACAAGCGAAACAGCUCCAGUCUUUGGGACGUCAAGCGCUGGCUGCCCGAAUCACGCUCCCAAACGCCGCGCGGAUCGCCAACUGAGGAGAAGAAGGAAUUCAACUUCUCAGACAGUCCGCGCGCCAAGCAGGGACCCAGCGCCGCAGCCGGCAAGGAGAACCGCGUUGAGGAGGAAACCAACGCCGAGAUUGAAGAGAUACAGACGGACGGCGCUCGUCAAUCCGCUCAGUCGGCAAACCCUGUGCGCCGUGGCUCAGAGAUGCCGUCCUCUGGUGUCACUUCUCCGCGCCAGGGUUCCUUUUGGGGAACUCUCCGCAGGGCGCGCUCUAUGCCGCAUAUGAAGGACGAUGAAGAAGGGCGCGACUCUGAAGAUGAACAAGAGAAGCAACAGCAGCGCCAGGGUGGCGGCACAAGCAAGGACGUGCAUGCGAAGUGGAACAGGCUACGCUUCUUGCUACCACACAUCGCUCAACAAGGCCCGUCCCCUGGAGCAAGUGCCGUCAACCCAGUGCACGUCAACAUCACCGACGAGCUUAUGGCCAGCGGCCUUAGCGUUCUCAUGCUCCGUCUAUGGUUCGAACGCGACGAGCGUGGCAAGCGUCGUGUGCCCGUGCUACUCCAUCGACUGAGGAUACGCAUCUCGGACAGCCUACACCCUCUGCAUGGCGCUCAAAGCGUGUUUCGUAUCGAGUGCGAGUACGCGAACGGCGCCGUGCGCUGGGUCAUCUAUCGCCAACUGCGUGACUUCCUGUCGUUGCAUGCACAUUAUACUGUGUCAAACGCAUAUAACCGCAACGUUGAGGCCAUGCCCGAAUUUCCGAAGACCAGUCUGCCGUACUUCAAGUUCUUGCAAAAGGAGAACAAGAAGGAUGGCAACAAGAAGGACGGCAAUAAGCAGGUCGCUCGCGCCGAUUUUGCCCGUAUGCAGCGUGAGACGCUUGAGAACUAUCUCGUGGGACUCAUUCGCGCUGUGAUGUUCCAUCCCGCUGCGAAUCGGUUGUGCGGUUUCCUGGAGAUUAGCGCCCUCUCAAUACACCUGGCGCCUACUGGUGGUGCUCAAUAUAAGGCUGGUUUCGUUCGCAUCAAAUCUUCCGGUACUCGCGGGCCCUCUUUCGGCCGUCGUGGUACUGGGCGGAAGGAUAAGCUGGAGCAGAAGUGGUGCUCAGUCCGCGAGAGUUAUCUCGUAGCGGUCGACGACCCGGGCGAGCUAACGAUCUUCGACGUCUUCUUGCUUGACACUGAGUUCCGGAUCGAGCGCCCCACGCGCUACUAUCGACAAGGUCUCAACCUCCUACAGGGCGAGAUGCUUCGCGAAGACGCCGCUGAGCGCAAGAAUCUCAUGCCACCAGACGACCAUCACGAGCGCUCGAGCAUGUUCAGCUCAAUCCGGCAUUCGUUCUCCAAGGCCGUACACCCCCGGCGCUCACACGACACCGGGCACACCAAUGGCGACGCCCAUCCUCGCCCAUCCUCUGCUCGCACCUCUAGCUCUAGCUCCUCAUCUUCUUCGUCCUCGUCCUCCUCCGACAGCCGCCCGCCUACGCCCAUGCUCGAUCCGAGCACAAACACGAACCCUAUCGCGGAGGACGGCGACCAGCGCGCACCAGCGGGUAUGGACGGCAAGAAGAAGAAGAAAUCGCGUACGAGCAGCGAGAUGUCGAAGCACACGUUCUACGUUGUCAACUCGCAAAUGCGGCUCAAGCUCUUCGCCCGCUCAGAGAGGCAGAUGCUGCAAUGGAUUGCGGCUCUCGAGAAGGUCGCUGCCACGAGCCACUAUACCGGCACGAAUCGGUUCGACAGCUUCGCUCCCAUCAGGCUAAAUGUUGCGGCACAAUGGCUGGUCGAUGGAAGGGACUACUACUGGAACCUGUCAAGGGCAAUUCUGUUGGCGAAGGAGACGAUCUACAUUCACGAUUGGUGGCUUUCUCCGGAGCUACAGCUUCGCCGCCCGAACAAGCCUAAAUACCAGCUCGAUAACCUCCUCCAGAAGAAGGCGCGCGAAGGCGUCAAAAUCCACAUCAUCAUCUAUCAGGAGGUCUCUUCGCGGACCACACCCGUGGACAGCAACUACGCCAAGACGCGCUUGACGAACUUGCACGAGAAUAUCAUGGUUCAGCGUAGCCCGAGCCAUUUCCAGACUGGGACGUUCUACUGGAGUCACCAUGAGAAGCUGUGCGUAAUCGACGAGACCAUUGCGUUCAUGGGCGGUUUCGAUCUUUGCUUUGGUCGGUGGGAUACGCCGCAACAUUCGCUCGUCGAUGACCCAGACGAGCCCGAAGCGGUCAUCUGGCCUGGAAAGGACUACAACAAUAACCGCGUUGAGGACUUCCACACUCUAAACAAGCCCUUCGAGGAUAUGCACGACCGCAAGACGACGCCGCGUAUGCCAUGGCACGACACAGGUCUUCAAAUACUCGGUCAGCCCGUACGCGACCUUGCACGUCACUUCGUUCAGCGGUGGAACUACCUUCUGCGGAUGAAGAACCACACGCGCGAGAUGCCCUUCCUUUUGCCGCCUGCGGAGUACAAGAGCGGCGAACUCGAGAACCUCGGUUUGACGGGAACAUGCGAAUUGCAAAUUUGCAGGAGUUGUGGCCCGUGGAGUAUGGGCACGCCGGACCGUAUCGAGCACUCGAUCCAGAACGCGUACCUGAAGGCGAUUCAGAUGUCGGAGCACUUCGUCUACAUCGAGAAUCAGUUCUUCAUUACUUCGACGAUGGUUGGCGAUGUACAAAUCGAGAAUAAGAUUGGUGAUGCAAUUGUCCAUCGUAUCAUUCGUGCGCACCACGAGGGUACAAAGUGGAGGUGCUGCGUUGUUAUCCCGCUCCUGCCCGGUUACCCCUUCCCGCUCGAUCACAGUGACGCGUCAUCUGUACGGUUGAUCCUCGAGUGCCAGAAUCGAACCAUUGGCCGUGGCCCGCACUCCAUAUUCUCUCGUCUGCGCAAGGAGGGCAUCGACCCUGAUGAAUACUUCUCAAUCUUUUCCCUGCGCAACUGGGGCAAGCUUCGCGGGGAUGUCCUCACGACCGAGCAGGUCUAUAUUCACGGCAAAGUCUGCAUCGUCGAUGACCGCCUGGCCAUCAUUGGCAGUGCGAACAUCAACGAGCGCUCCCAACGCGGCGACCGAGACAGCGAGCUGGCGGCUAUCAUUCGCGAUACAGACAUGGUGGACAGUACGAUGGCGGGGCAGCCGUUCAAAGUCGGCCGCUUCGCGCACACGCUGCGCAUGCGUCUCAUGCGGGAGCACGUUGGUAUCGAUGUUGAUGCGCUCGACGAAGAGGACCUGCUGGCACGGAAGCCGGAGAAGGAGCAGCACGAAGUCGAUCCCUGGGACCCGGAUGCCGAGCAACGACAGGGCAAUGAGGAUGUCACUGCUCAUGCUGAUCACUCUGGUCGUGUGCGCCUCAUGGCGCAGUUCGCCGGCGAUACUUUGGGUGGCGCAGCGCAGGGCACCAAGGACCUUGCGGACGAGGCAUUUGUACGUCUUGGUCAGGAUGUCGGCCUCAAGCGCGACGUUCCCACGUUGAACAACGCGAACAUCGCGCUUGGCGAUGAGCGCAAAACCUACGACCGCAGUGGCAAGGAAGUCGAAGGCUUCGCAGACUCUGUUGUACCGACGGUUGAAGAGCAGGCGAUCAUCGAGGGAUUACCUGGCAAGAACUCCCGUGGACGCCAGCCAACGCGAGAUGACGAGGGUGCCAAGGAGGAGGAGAAGUCGGGCCAGGCGCCGCCGGAGGCCACGACGGAGGACGGACAGAAGCACGGUGCCCCCGCGGACGCGAGUCGCGAUGUCGCGACUGACGAUGAGCCACCACAUGCGCGCUCGGGUACCACCGACGCUCAGGGCGAGGAGCGGGAUGCGCCCCGUGCUCGCAGCAUUCUGCGCAAGCACCUCAAGGCUGGCACCAGCGGGAGCGCAUUCGUACUGCCUACGCCGCGACCGGAGAUCACUGCCGAGAUGUUCGACGACCCUCUUUCUGAUGAUUUCUACAAGCACGUCUGGAUCGCCGCCGCCGCACAUAAUACGGAGAUCUUCCGCAAGGUGUUCCACGCCGUUCCUGAUGACCUUGUCACGACGUGGAAGCAGUACAUCGAGUUCGUCGGUCACCACGAACGCAUGAACAAGCCUACUCCCGAUCACCCUGAACCGGUUGGACGCGUACCAUCUGAGACUGGGGAUAUGGGCGCGCCGGGCGAGGAAGACACGCCGGACCAUAUGGGGCGUGCGGAGGACUUUGCGAAGAACGAUGCGGACCCGCAUUCUGCAGACGAUGGCGACCGGGCCCACGGAACCGCCAACCCUGUACAAAACGCGAAGGAUCUGAAUGGUGGAGGUACCCAGAAGUCGAAGAAGGGUAAGGGCGAUAGUGGUGAACCUGGGUUCACGAAGCAGGAGCGCGAGGAGAUGGAGGCGCUGCUUGGCGAAUUAUGUGGCCAUCUUGUGAUAUACCCUACGCGAUUCCUUGAGGGCGAGGACGUCGCAAAUAAUUUCUUGUUCAACGCCGACCGGCUGCUGCCCCUCCCCAUCUACGAUUAG